UCACUCAGAUCUCAGCCCCUCCAUCCUGACUGACCACCCUGAUCUGCUGCACUGGCUCUCUAAGCAGAAUGGCUUGGCUCGUUCGGAUGCUCUUUGGCAUCCAGGUGCUUUGCUCCUGCUUUGCUGCCCCUGCAGGCCAAGGAGCAGGGGCUGCCCUGCUCUCCCCCCGCUGCGAUGACGCUGCAGUGGAGGAGGCUGCAGACCUGGCUCUCCGCCAGAUCAAUGCUGACCGAGAAGAGGGAUACGUACUCAGCCUCUACAGAAUUGUCAGCGCCCGAGAGCAGCCGCAGGAGAUCACUGGUUCUGUCUUCUAUCUCAUCUUGGAUGUAGUUGAUACUGAAUGCCAUGUACUCAGCAAAAAGUUGUGGAAGGACUGUAAGACCAGACCUGCUCAUUCAACUGUUUACGGUCAAUGCAAAGCAAUUAUCUAUAUUAAUCAGGCAAGAAAUAUUGCUCAUCUGAAUACUUAUGAGUGCACUUUACAACCAGUUCCACCCAGAUAUAUUUGGUCAAUAUGUCCUGACUGCCCAGUUGAUGGUUCUCCAACUCAGCCUGAGUACUUGGAGGCUGCUGUUCGAAGUCUUGCCAAGUUCAAUGAGAAGAGUGAAGAAACUCAUUACUUCUCUGUCCUCAAUGUCACAAGAGCUUCAAUGCAGUGGGUCGUUGGUCCUGCAUAUUUUGUGGAGUUUUUAAUUCAGGAGACAUCUUGCUCCAAAAGUGACACAGUCACUGACAUCUCGCUGUGUGAGCCACUUCCACCAGAAGUAGCUAAAAUCGGUUUCUGCAAAGGCUCUGUAGUAAACAGUCGCCCAGAACAAUUUGUCACAAUAUCCUGUGAAAUCUACAGUCAUCAGGAUCCUGCCACUGAAGAGGAAAACCAGGAAGCUAACCAGACACCUGGAAAAUCCAGGCAGGAUCAACAAGCUUCCCCUUCAGAUGCCAAUCCUUUCUCCCCACACCUGGAAAAAACAGUGGGCUGGGUUAAAAUUCUACCCCCUUCAAAUGAGGACAUCACUUUCCAUAGCCUACGAGAAAGUCAAAAUGAAGAUAAAGACAGAAAGCCUGUUUCUCCUAAGGCUGUGGGAUCUGCACACAGUAGUGAUGGAGAAAAGACUCAAGUAAACAAACCAGACUUGACCAAACCAGUCACUGGACCAGUUAUUCUCCCUUUUCCUGAAGAACCUUCUCUAUCAGAUUCAUGUCCAGGAGAAGCAAAGCAGGCAGAAGGCAUUCUCCAUCCUCUGAUAACUAGAAAGCCUACCACAGCCUAGCCAGCACCCGAGCACCAAAACUGUCUGCAACAAAAUAACAGCCAAAAUGGCAACAUGGUUUUCAAUUCGUGUAACAGCUUCAAAUAAAUAAACGGUUUAGUACAGCCUUCA